CUCGUGACUUUUUCUACGAGUCCCAUCAUCUUCGCCUCCUUCAUCUUCACGGCACAUUUACAAAAGAUAAAUAAAAAGCUUUACCUUUGUCUCUCUCUUACGUUUACUCAAAGUCUAUCUGGAGGACUCACCCUCUUUUUUAAGUAUCUCAAGCCUCCUCCUCUUCUUCUUCUUCCCUAUCUCUCUCGACGUGUAGAAGGAUUCAAAAAGAUCUCGAAGACGAUUCUCUUUGCGCACUCUCAAAUCUGCAGUGUAGAAUCUAAAAGCAUUUUCACAAAAUGAGUCUGUGAGCCAAGCCUAGCAACGUCCUCUAAGUAUGUCAGAGAGGAAACUGAACUUGGAAGCACCUCUUCUUUCAACAAGGCGGAUGCAGAAGACAUCAGCAGUUUCUGUGCGUAGAAACAAGACAUUUGACUUCACUCAUGACUUUAAGACAAAUGAUGAUUCCUCAACUGUUCCAGUUCUUGUUCCAGAUAUGGGUUUAGAUCACUUCACCGAAUCUGCCUCUGUUCCUUUCACAUGGGAGCAAGCUCCUGGGAAAUUAAAAGGAAAUGAUUCCACACCUCAGGAGGAAGUCUUCACACCAUGUCCUCCUCCCGGGAAAGCAAUUGAUAGAAACCUUAGUUCAAAGACUAAACAAGUUGAUGAAGAGGAAGAGUCAGAGGAUGUGUUUUCUGAUGCUCGUGAUACACUCUCUCCCAAGGACUCCUUUUCUGUAAACCACAGCAUAAGUGGUGUGAGUGAAUACGGUGCAACUGCUGAGAAGAAGAAAACACUAAACCCUUGUGAGGAUCCUCAAUCACGGGACUUCAUGUUGAACCGUUUUUUACCAGCUGCCAAAGCAAUGACUAUGGAGCAGCCUCACUAUGCUUUGAAUCGUAAACCGUCUAGUUUUAUGUCUGAACCAACGUUACAGAUAAGAGACUUAGUACCAGUGGAGAAGCGGCAAAAUUCUAAAAGGUAUGAUGAGUGUAGAGUCUCACCUUGUUAUGAUCACCAAGACACAUAUGAUAAAGAAAGCGAGGAGGAGGAGGAGGAUGGUGAAGUUUCUGAGUAUGCUUAUAUUCCAAGGAGAGGUUGUGGUAUGUUGCCACAGUUGUGCUUUAAAGAAUCUCUCAGUAUGAUGAACACUUUUAAAACCAAACACAAGACAACAAGCCAUGAUGGAGUCAAGUCAAGCAAGGUUUCUCAACUCAGAUCUAGGUUCCAAUCUGUUAAACAGCUGGCUAUUGAUUCAGUUUCGAAGCACAAGCUGAGUCCGGUUCAUCCAAGCAUGGGGAAGAAGUUCAACUCUGAAACGAACCUAACAUGUCCCGCAAGUAGUAGGUCUUCAUCUCCUUACAGACACCCUAGAUGUAUGUCACCAUUUCGAACCACAAACGCCACGUGUUUCCCUGACACUCGUAAGGAAACAGAGAGCCUGAGAGCUAACAGGUUGAACAAGCAUAUUAGAAGCAUGAGCGUGUCUCAGGAAUUACUCUACCCAAACGGUUCCACCGAGAAUUCUCCCAAGAGUACUAGUGACCAUCAUAGUUCAAUCUUUCCAGAGGAAUCAGAGAAGGAACCGAACACCUCCUCUUGCAGGUCACCUCUUGCACCACCGUCGCCUAAAAAGCCUUCUGAGUCUUGGCUUUGCCAUAAUCUGCCAUCUCAGAUCCCUUCACGUAGAUAUCCUUUCCAUCCUCAAAAGCAGGAUCUUAAUGACAACAACAACUACAGGAAUGUUACCAAGUGGGAAACUAUUGUUAAGACUUCCUACCUGCACAGAGAUCAUAUUCGAUAUUCCGAAGAACUGGUUGCUCAUACAUCUCUUCAAUGAGUGAGCUUGAAGCUUCUCUGAGAUGUACUUCCUCACAAUCAUCAGAAAGAGAUGUUCCGUUUCUUAUCGACAUGUGUGGUCGGUAAUACAUGUCCAGACUCAUUUUGCCUCCUAAGUCCAUACAUAUUUUUUCUCUGCGUUAUUCAAAUAUUGUCUUGUGGUUUGCACUAACUUCCAUAGUAUAGUCCAAAUAUCUUAAUGAAGAUUGGAGUA